CAGUCGUCAUAAUUUUCUUCCUCGGUGCAAAUUAGUGUCGUGACAACGGAAGGUGCGUUUCGGUAUUUAUUGGAAUCCUUGCCCAGGCUUUCGCAUAUCUUCCACUUCAUAUCCGGUUGCGAAACGCAGCACAGGUGCAGAAUUAGCGUUACACGUCGCGCGUAGUGAGAACACAGCGAACCGUAGGAUAAAUUGGUCCUACUCGGUGUAAAAGCAGAUAGAGUGUGUCCUCCCGUUCGCAUCCCGUAAGAAGACAUCCGCCCGUAACUACCGGAAGGAAGGAUCAAAGCAUCUGACAACAAAAAAACACCGGAUGGCUUCGAGUCCGAGAGCUGGCGGUGCUGCACAGCGACCUAACGGUGCCACGCAGAACAAAAUAUGCCAGUUCAAGCUAGUGCUACUGGGCGAGUCGGCGGUCGGCAAAUCAUCGCUAGUGUUACGGUUCGUUAAGGGACAGUUUCACGAGUAUCAGGAAAGUACGAUCGGUGCCGCCUUCCUGACACAAACCCUGUGUAUCGAUGAUACGACAGUGAAGUUUGAAAUUUGGGACACCGCCGGUCAAGAACGGUACCACAGCUUGGCACCGAUGUACUACCGAGGUGCUCAGGCGGCAAUCGUGGUGUACGAUAUUCAAAACAGUGAUAGCUACGCACGGGCCAAAACGUGGGUCAAGGAGCUUCAAAGACAGGCAUCGCCGAAUAUUGUGAUUGCAUUAGCUGGCAACAAAGCCGAUUUGGCAAAUAGUCGCGUCGUGGACUAUGAAGAAGCCAAGCAGUACGCGGACGACAAUGGGCUACUGUUUAUGGAAACAUCCGCCAAGACGGCCGUGAACGUGAAUGAUAUAUUCCUUGCAAUAGCUAAAAAGUUACCCAAGAACGAGGGCGCCGGACCGCAGCAAAACAUAAGACCAACGCAAAACGAAACCAGCCGACAGAACAGUGGCUGCUGCACCAAGUGAUGUUAUUCCGCAGGAGGUCCCGUUUUCUUUCCCGUUGUAGCUAAUGGACCCUUGAAUGUAAGUGACGACUACUGCAUGAAUUGUAAAAUGCUAAUAAUUAUCGUUAUAACGCUGGAGUCGGCGCUUGUCGGACGGAUAAUGAUGGAGAUGGUGCGGCAACCGAAUAUGAUGAUGCUGGUGGUAAACUCCGGGGAGGAGAAAUUAUUAGCGAGUAAGCGAGAUUCCAACCUAGUUAUGGCAUUACACCCGGAAACAGUAACACAUUAUAAUGGUUAAACAACACGAAAGUAAAGCAAAUCCCUAUAAAACAAAAAUAAAUUUGUAGAAAAGAAACAACCGAAACAUAAAAACCAACAUCAUCUCUGCAUAUUGGGAUUGGAGAGUGAAAGUGAGCGAGAGCGAGAGAGAAAGAGAAAAAGAAAGAGAUAAAGAGAGAGAAAACAAAAGAAACAAUAGACAUAGUAUAAUAUGCUGCUGCGCGUAAUGAACAAAAACAAGAGAGUUAAUCCGGUCCGGUAGUCAAUCCGUCGGUUGAGAGACAACAGCAGAAACGGAGCUACUAGCGGAAACUUGCUCCCCC